AUGUCACGAAAAAAACAUUCAACUUUUAAUGACAGCAAAGCAGUUUUUCCUGUAUCAGUGGAUCGUGUGGUUUCUUAUUCCUUAGCAAAAUUAAUUAUGAGAGAUUCUAAAAAGUUAAACCUUCUUUCAAUAGAUCCAACAAUAGGUGAUUCAAUUAAGAAUUAUCGAUGUAAUUGUAUGGAUCCUAUUUUUAAUAUUGAUGAUUAUGGAAAUCAAAUAUUUAAACAAAGCGUACCAGAAGAGCAUUUAUUAAUAGCGACUUAUCCAGGUGCAAAUGGAUGUCUAUCUCCUCUCACUGAAUUUAUUUGUACAACUCGUGGAACUAAAUGGAGACUUUUUCACGCAAUGUCUUCAAUUUGUCAACAACUUAGAAUGAUUUAUGUUGAUAUGGGUGGCUAUGAUUCUUGGUCAAAUGCCGGUCUUCAAACUUAUACUGAACCUCAAAUGCAAGAAUUAGAAUGGGAAGCAAAAAAUCUUGCCACUUUAAUUCGUUCUCAAAUUUCUUUAAAUACAUUUAUGUUAUCGCGUGGAGAAAUAGGAUUAAAUACUAUAUUAAAUGCUUUGACGAGUCAAGUUACUUCAUUAAGAUAUGUUGAAUUUAUUAAUUUUGACACUGAACUUUCUCAAUGGGGUUCUCUUGAAAAGUUAAUUGAAUUUAUCGGAUUAAAAACCUUGAAAUUCAUAUCUUGUAAACUUAGUGACAUUUUAAUGAAACCUUUAGUUUCAAAUCCUAUUUCACUUUUUCGAUUAACGACAAUUGAAAUGAGUGAUUCUACAUCAUCUCCAGAAAUAGUUUUAAAGCUAAUUGAAGAUUCUGGUUCUUCGCUUAAAUCUUUAACCUUGGGCGAUCAUCAUAAUAAGGAAGGUUCAGACUCUACUUGUAAUAUUAUUGAAACAAUUGCAAAAUAUUGCCCAAAUCUUGUGAAUUUCUCUUCUAUUGUUUCAAUUGGUGAAAUCCCACAACUUUUAACCCUUUUUACAUUUUGUCCACAACUUGAAUCUGUAACCUUACGACAGCCUUUGGAAGAAACAAAUCUUGUGAUAGAGGAUAUAAAUUGGUUAUUUGAUCAGAUGGGUGAAUUGCAACUUUUAAGAAAACUUCGACAUUUGGCAAUUCAAGCUCCUUGGUCGUUUCUUCCUCAUUCUUUGAAUGAUUUUCUUGUGAAUUCAAAUCCACCAUUAAGAUCUUUGGAAUUAUCCUGCUCUCAUUGCUUUUCAGAUGCUCAUUUAGAUGUGAUUUUGAAAUGUUUGGGGAAGAAUUUGAAGAAAUUUAAAUUGAUAACUUGUAAGGAAAUUGAUGAUAACCGAAUUAUUGAUGCUUUGGCAACUAUCGAAGAUUUCGAUUUUAAACCAUUCAUACCGGCUCACGGAUCUUGCCAAUUUAAUCAUUUACAUAUGAAAUAA